GGCUUGAAUCGUCCGUGCGAUGACACCGCCGCAGCGAUCGUCACCAGCGACGGCCAAAUCCUAUCCGAAACCAACCAGCACCAGUACGCGGUUCCACGAACAGCACGGCGGUAUUGUGCCUGGCCUGGCAGCCAACAGUCAUCUCAAGCACAUGCCCAUGUCGUGCGCACCACGCUCGAAAAAGCCAGUCUGACUAUCGCUGAUCUCGAUGCCAUCGCUGUGACCCGCGGCCCAGGACUGCCAGCCAGCCUGGCGGUCUGCGUGGCGGCUGGGAAAACACUGGCGGCAGUCCACGGCAAGCCCCUGGUGGGUGUGCACCACAUGGAGGCCCAUGCUCUGAUGGCCCGGAUGGGCUCGUCCCUGCAAUUCCCCUACCUGUGCCUGCUGAUCAGCGGCGGCCACACGCUGAGUAUCGUUGUUCACGACGUGAACGAGUACACACAGAUCGGUACUACCCGCGACGACAGCAUCGGCGAAGCCUUCGACAAGGUUGCCCGGGAUCUGGGCAUCCCCUGGAUCGAUGCACAGGACGGCGGCGGACCUGGCCCAGCUCUCGAGCUGCUGGCGCGCGAAGGCGAGCCGAGCCGGUUCCCGCUGCCAGUGCCCAUGGACAAGUCGGGCACAUCAACAUCGCCCGACUUUAGCUUCUCGGGGCUCAAAACACGCAUCCGGCGGAUGAAGGACACGCGCGAAUUUGAUCCCUGCCAAGCGCCAGGACCAGGCCGACGUCGCAGCAGCCUUCCAGUCCACAGCAGCACGCCACUUGGUGAAGAAGACCGCGCUGGCGUUUAAGCGCGCAAAGGAAAUGGGCGUGCCGCUGACGGCGCUGGUGGCCAGCGGCGGCGUUGCCAGCAACCUGGUCAUCCGCAGCAGCCUGCAGGAGCUGGCAGCUCUGAAUGGCGUUGCCCUGGUCUGCCCGCCACCGCGGACUGUGCACAGAUAAUGGCGUUAUGAUUGCCUGGGCCGGCAUGGAG